GUCAGUCACAUCCCCGCCAGAGUCUGAGGCAUGAUGAGGGCGCUUUAAGAAAAACCACAGCUGUUGUCCGGGAUCCUGGCAGGACGCAUACCUUCUGCUCCACCUGAUGCACAACAGAGUCCCACAAGAAAAUAAUACUGCGUGAUCUCCAGACAGCUCGCUAAAAGUGCAAGUGGUUCCCGUUCAUUAGCCAUCCAUCAGGUUCCUACGUGGAUAGAGUGUCCCAUACCUGCCCCGGAGCUUUAAAAGGUCCGUGUCAAAGCCAGCAUACACAACACUGUUGCAGCCGGAGCUUGGAUCCAGGAAGGCGGGCCAUAAAGAUGACCAUCAACCUGAAACUAUGGAUCAUGAAACACUGAAAUGUGUAAAUAAAAUUCACAAAGCGGGUGUCACCAAGUGAAUUAAUUUAGUCCCAUUUCAGUCACGUCAUGGAGCUGCAGCACUACACCAAUCACAACCAGGCCUUGUGGAAAGAGAUACCGUGGGAAUCCACUGAGGACUGCUCGAUCUCAGUGAGCGGGACCACUUUCCUCAUCAUUGCUUACAGCACAGUGAUGGCAGUGGGCCUCAUCGGGAACUCUUGCCUGGUGUUUGUCAUCAUGCGGCACAAGGAGAUGCAAAAUGUUACCAACAUCUUUAUUGUCAACCUAUCUUGUUCUGAUAUUCUAAUGUGCAUUAUCUGCCUGCCAGUUACCAUCAUCUACACACUGAUGGACCAGUGGAUCCUUGGAGAUACCCUGUGCAAGCUCACUCCCUUCAUCCAGUGCAUUUCAGUUACUGUCUCUAUCUUCUCCCUCGUCCUCAUCGCUAUGGAGCGCUACCAGCUCAUCGUCCAUCCAACUGGAUGGAAACCACUGGUGAGCCAGUCCUACAUUGCGGUGGCUGUCACCUGGAUCGUGGCCUGCCUAAUCUCGGUGCCUUUCCUAAAGUACAGUGUACUUACCUUGCCUUUCCAGAACCUAAGUCUGCCCCUCCCUGUCAGCGAUCACCUCAUUUGCAUGGAGCUGUGGCCGUCAGUUCAGAAGCGCCGCGCAUACACCACCUCCCUGCUUGUCUUUCAGUACCUGCUCCCUCUCAUGCUCAUCUUGGCCUGCUAUUUGCACAUCUACCUACGCUUGAGAAGGAGAAGAGAUAUGGUGGAGCGCGGCAGGAAUGCUACUCACAAGAAGAACAAGGGCUCAACGAGAAUCAACGCCAUGCUGAUCGCCAUUGUAGUGGCAUUUGCCCUCUCCUGGCUCCCUCUCAACGUCUUCAACACAGUGUUCGACUGGAACCAUGAAGCCAUCCCAUCUUGCGGCCAUGACGUCAUCUUUUCUUCCUGCCACCUCACAGCGAUGGUCUCCACUUGCGUCAACCCGAUCAUCUAUGGGUUCCUCAACAGCAACUUCCAGAAGCAGCUCAAGUCCACUGUGUUGCGCUGUCGUUGUUGGGGGGCGGUGGAUAGGUACGAAAUCGUUCCGCUCUCUACCGUCAGUACAGAGGUCACCAAAGGGUCAGUCUUCAGUAAUGGAUCUAUCACCAUCAACUCAUAAAUCUUGCCCCAAGAAAAUUGACAAAAAUCUACCCAAAACUGUCACAUUGUUUGCAUUUUUUGUGGUUUCUCUUUGUUGACUUUGAAGACAGUUCACUCUUUGCAAAGUAAAACUCUAUGAAACAACAGUGAAAAGCAAGUCAUGGACCCUUAAAUGGCCUGACCCAGUUUUCUUAUUUAAAGAGGGUUCCCACUGAAGAGGAAGUAGAUAACAAAUAGCACAAAAGUUGGGCAAGUUGAACUACUGCUGGACAACUGAGGACACUUAACAUGGGCAUGUGGUGUAAGGAUCUACAGGUAAAUAGACAGCCUUUAAACAUGUUUUCUCUGUAAACCUCUUACAUCUAUUCUGAAGUGUGCAGCUAUCAGAGGACCACUGAUCUUUAACCCGCUGUAAAUGUGUUCAACAACCUCUGAGUAUAGGAGAAAACAAAGUUAAUGUUCCUUUGAAUUCGCCUCCUUUAUGUUAAUGACACUGAUGAAAAUAUUAAGGAGAUUGUGAACUGUGAUGUGUUAAUGAUUAUCAACUGAGAAGCUUAUCACACAGCUGAAGGAGACAGUAUUAGUGCUUUAGAUGUGGCUCUGGGUGCUCAUUGAGUCGAAUUACUGCAACCGUCUUAAUGCUUUUAUUAUUAUCUAAAAUCACCACCAGUGCUGUAACAGUGGUUCACAGAUAACCUCGGCUGGAGCUGUAUAUGUCUCAUGCCGUCAGCCGGGCUCUGAACUUUAUAUAUGUGUGGGAUAGUGUCUGCCAUAAAAUGAACCGUACAGCAAUCAUAUAUCAGCUGCAAUAAAACAAAAUAAAAGUGACAAUAAAGGAGGUUCCCAGAGCAGGUCUCUUCUACUCUAUAUUUAUAUAUAUAUAUCACUUGAUAGAGUAAUAGUUUAUGGUGUGGUCUAAAGUAAAGAGCACUUUGUAGCCUAGCAAAUAUCUCUUGAUGACCUGUUGUUAGACACUUUGUGCAUUUUAAUCACAUUAAAUCGUAUUUGUUAUCUUCAAUGAUAAAACCUGUGUUGUAAUAUUUGGUUUAAAACUAUGUUACAUUGAAACAAUAAACUUCCUUAUCAUGUUUUAA